CGCCGGGUCCUCGUUCGCUCUCUUCUAUUACAGCCGGUUCGGUUUUCGGUUUCGAUGGGUCCUUCGAGACUGUAACAAUCCCCCCCCCAUCUCACAAGAUGGCGCCCCUGAAGCGCAUGGCCGCCCUGCUCUGGGCGGUGUCCCUCAGCAUUACUAUUGCGCCGGUCCACUGCGAAAACGCCGAGAGCAGCAGAAGCAGCAGCAGCAGCAGCAGCGACGAAAUCGUGGAAUUGACAGGCACAAGAAAAGAUGCCACCAAGCCAGGGACCGGCCCACCCACGGGGCCGUACCAGACCAUCUCGUCCACCGUGACGCUCGCAACCACCACCAUGCCCACCGACCUCGGCGUGCUCACGGCCAACUACACCGAAGCCGACGAGACGGCCACCGUCACCUACCUCACCGGCUCCGUGACCUCCUCCGCGAUGACGGCCACCACGACUUCCAUCAGCGGCGGCAACGCAACAACAUCCUCCUCCUCCUCCACGUCCGCCGCCGCCCCGCCCAAGCCCACCAACACGCGGCCGUGCAACAACUACCCGGAGCUCUGCGCGCGCAAGUACAGCAACAUCACGCAGGUGGGCUGCCACAACUCACCGUUCGUGCGCGCCGGCAGCGCGGCCGCCAACCAGCAGUUCCCCGUGGUCGACCAGCUCAACGACGGCGUGCGCUUCCUGCAGGCGCAGAUCCAGUGGCCGACCAACGGCAGCGUCCCGCACUUCUGCCACACGUCGUGUGACCUGCUCGACGCGGGGCCCAUCACCGACUGGCUGCGCACGGUGCGCGACUGGGUGGCGGCCCACCCGUACGACGUGGUGACCAUCCUGCUGGGCAACGGCAACUACUCGACCCCGGACAAGUACGUGCCCUACCUGCAAGAGAGCGGCAUCACCCAGUUCGCCUACACGCCCAGCCGCGUGCCGCUGGCCGCGGCCGACUGGCCCACGCUGGCGCAGCUGAUCCUCUCGGGUCAGCGCGUCGUGCUGUUCCUGGACUACAUGGCCAACCAGACGGCCUACCCCUGGCUGCUGGACGAGUUCAGCCACAUGUGGGAGACGCCCUUCGACCCGGUCGACACGGCCUUCCCCUGCACGGUGGAGCGCCCUCCGGGUUUGAGCGCCGAGGACGCGAGGGAGAAGCGGCUGUACCUGAUGAACCACAACCUGAACGCGGAGGUCAGCCUGCUGGGGCAGGCCAUCCUGGUGCCCGCCGUCAGCCAGCUGAAUGUCACCAACGGCGUCGAGGGCAAUGGCAGUUUGGGCAUGGCGGCCGGGAAUUGCCGUGCGGAGUGGGGCCGGCCGCCCAAUGUGCUCAAUGUGGACUACUACAACUUUGGCAGCUACCCGGGCAGUGUGUUUGAGGUCGCCGCGCGCAUGAAUAAUGUCACGUACGAGCGGAGGAGCUGCUGCGGGCCCGGGUCGAGUGCCGCGGUCAGGGUUGGGUCGCCGAUGGCCUCGUUUGUGUGGAUGGGGUUGGCGUGGGGGGUUUGGAUGGUUGGUUUGAUCUAAGGUAAGGUAGGCUGGUGGAGGUUGAGCUUGGGUUGGGGUUCCGUCUAUAUCAUGGCAUGGCGUGACGUUAUGGGGCGCAUGAGGUAUGUCUGCAGUUAUCACAGUCACGGCGUCAACUAACCUUUGUCGGCCACAGUAAGCCUGGGACUCAGACAUCGAAGAUGAUGAUGACGAGGACUUCAUCGUUCUUCCUAGCAAUGGGGAGACGAUGAGGUCCUCGUCCUCUCCUAGAAGUAGGGAGACCGGGAUGUUGUUAUGUUUAUUGUAUGGUUAUUUGUAUGGAUAGUUGUAUGGAUAUUCCGGGGGGGGGGGGUUAGAGGUAUGUCCCUGUUGACUGUCACUG